AUGUCCCGACAGGAACCAGAGCCACCCGCUAGAGCCUUGCGUCCAAGGGCAAACACCACUUCGGCCUUUCCGUCUUUCAAUCCAUUUCGCAAACGUGCAGAGCCUGCACUAUCCCCAACGCCCCCACCAGCAGUACAACAGCCACUCUCCUUGAAUGAGCUUAUACAUGAACUGAGUCCACCGGCUGUUCCAAGUUUAAUACAUGCUCGGUCGCUUGCAGGCAUACUGUCCAACUGCUCCCCGCUUCCUCGACACGACGCCCUCAACCCACUUCUCAGUUCUUUGUGCAACGAUGCCAAAUCAGUACCAAACCUUCAAGCAGCUGGAUAUGACAUACUGUCUGCUUAUUGGGAGAAUCAUGAGGCAUUGUCUUUGGGGGUUGCAGAGAGGCUGUCUUAUUUCUCCCUGUUUCUAGGUGGAUCGACAUCUUGGAGGAUGGAUUUGUGGGAGCCCAAAUUUAAGGCCCUUCGCGCUCUCACAAGAUAUGGGUCAGAAAUCAUGGGAAUUGAACAUGUCCUAAUCCAAUUGCUGCAUGAUUGGAUCGAAGGCGCAUUUGAUGGCCUAUUGAAUUUACCGACAUCACACGACCGUACCGAGAUGAAAGAGCGGGAACGCAGCGUAGAAUUGCUCGUCAAAUUUCUUAAUGACAUUCUGACAAGACCAGAAAAUAUUUCACGCAUACCUGACGAGGAAAUGGCCGGAGUCUUGGGCUUCUAUGCUAGUCUAGUCGAUCGAGCUAUACUCAUUCCUUCGGAUGUCAUUCGGGAACCUCGUCCCCCUACCUCCCCCACAAGUAACGCUUCCAGCUCUACGUCCAACCCCAUACUUGCUUCAGCCGGUCAUCGCCGCAACUUGUCAUCGCUAUCAUCGUCUUCGAUUCCGUCCUUGGGCUCCAAUCCAUCUUCACAGCCAACUUUCAAACACCCUGCAGAACUAGCGAUUACUUUAUAUCUGAACCAUCUAACGGCACACAUAAAGACACUUCCACCUACUCAACUCAAUUUAAUCCUCCCUCUUUUGUUCCGUGCACUGUCCUUCUCCGCAGACCCUCUUCCACGACUGUCCUUGUCAAUUCUGCAAACUCGGAAAAAAGAUAAUGACAAUUUAGAAGGCAAGAUAACAGACAUGUUGUCAUCUUUAUUCUCAGGCCCAUAUGGCACGAUGUGCAUGCUCGUACUCAAGGCCUACCUGUACCCUCCAACUAACUUGGGAGCAGAACAUCUUCCCCCUCGUAGAACAAAGGGUGGGGCAUCCCAUGACCAGCAAUCCCAAUUGUUAAUGUUCCGCACGUCCCUAAUGACGCGUCUUGGUGCACAUAGGACUUUCAGAAACUACGUCCGUCGUGCUUUGUUUACACGCAUUGCGCGGGCGUUUAUUUCACGAGACACCUCCCUUGGUUAUAACCCAUCUGGCGCUCCUGGACAUAUGGAUUUGCACGUCGACUUCAUGGAGAAGGCAUGGCCCAAAGAUGAUUUUACAGCUGCAACUAUGGGUGUUAGCGGGAAUGGAUGGGAUGCGGCCAGACUUGGUAUGGUUUUGGCUGAUAGUGUAAAAGCCUGGGUGGACUAUCGCGUGGAAGAUUUAGUCGCGAAAUCAGAAACCGAAAAGAAGCAGAUUUGGCAGAGAGGAAGUGAAGGGAAGGACGAAGUCCUCGAAGAAGCUGCAGGCGUCAUCAAAGAUAUUCUGAGCGAACUCGACCUCAGGGAUGAUGAAAAUGGGUCACUGGACGAAGAAGAGGCGACUAUUGUCGGCGAGACAUUGCGAAGGCUAUCCGAUUACGUACUACCGCUAAAGUGA